ACUGUACAUUCCUCUUUGUCUGUAAAAAUCUGCUUUUUUUUUUUUUUUUUCCCUCGUCCUUUUUUUUUUGUCCCAUACAGACCACCUCUAUAAGCUCCUGUUUAGUGCUUCACUACCAAAACCCACCUCCUAACCUCUCUUCUCUUCUCUUCUCUUUCUUUCUCCCCUUCUAUUCCUGCUCUCUCUUAGUGUUAUUCCCUUCUAAGCCAAAUCAUCUUUUCCUUUCUUAUAACAAUCAAAGGUGUUUUGAUGGUUGUAUGGUGUUUUGAAAUCCUCUUCAUGUCAGUUUGAUCAUUUCCUCCUUCCUUUCUUUAUACCUGUUUUCAUUCAUUAUCUUCUCCCUUAAGAGAGAGCUACACACUGUUUCUCUCUCUCUCUCUCUCACACACACACUUUCUCUCUCGUUUUCAAGAGAUAGAAAAUGCCCAGAGUGGGAAAGCGUCUUGUUUGCUGAAAAAGUUGUCUUCUUGUUACCAUAUCCUCUAUGCCCUAUCAAUAUUUCUGAGUUUGUGCUUAUUAGUACUGUCUCUUCUUAAUUCACCUCAGGUCGGUUCUCUAAGCUGAAAUGGUUCAAAACCAUUUUCCCCUUCUUCCUUUUGAUGGAAAGAUACUAUUAACCACCCAAUAAAUCUCCGGGCUAGCUACUUUGUCAAGAUAACUCCUUUCAAAGUUAGAUUUGGGCCGGGUAUUCAUCAUCUAUAACAAGUCUCUUUUGCUUCUUUUUCUUUUUCCUAAGUGAGGACUGUUAAGGGUUCAGAGUAAAAUGAUGUGAAGUUAAUCAAAACGUUUUCAUCGUCUUCAGAUAUUGAAAGACGGAGUUGAUAAGGGUGAGUGGUAGCCUGGUAGGAUAUCGAGGAGUUUGACAGUUGGUGUUACAAUCAUUUUGGCAGUUGCGUGUAUUUCUCGGUCUCUCGUGUCUUGUUGUUUCUCUUUUGGUCUCCAAAGAAGCAUAUAGAAAUAGAAUAAUAACCCCUCCUCCUUAAGGGAGAAGAGAAGAAAGAGAAGGAAAUGGAACUGUCGAGUCAAGAAGUAGAAAUCCCAAUCCCAAUCCCAAUAAACAGUAGCAGUACUAAUUAUGGUGGGGGACAUGGUAAUGGGCAUGGAGAGGGACAUGGGCACAUGAUUCAUCAUGACCUUCCUCCACACCAAAACCCUUCAAAUGGCUCAGAUCAUGGACAUGGACAUGGACAUGGACCCGGACCCUACAAGAAAGUGGUGAGAUAUAGAGAAUGCCUAAAGAAUCAUGCAGCAGCCAUGGGAGGGAAUGCCACGGAUGGUUGUGGUGAGUUCAUGCCAAAUGGAGAAGAAGGGACCAUAGAAGCACUCAACUGCUCUGCCUGCCAUUGUCACAGAAACUUCCACAGAAAAGAAGUAGAAGGUGAGCCAUCUUCAUAUACCUCACAGUCACAUUUCAGCAGGAAAUUCAUUUUAGGACAUCAUCAUCACAAGAACAUCCUCCCUCCUGAGGCACUCGUUGGCUACCCUACACCUAACAUUCUACCAUCAAGAAGUGUCCCACCCCACCAGAUGAUAUUUCCCUACAACAUUGGAUCCCUUCCUUCUGAAUCUGAUGAAUUACAAGAAGAGCAUGGUGGUGGAACUGGAACUGGAACUGGAAUAGUGGCUAGACCUACACAGCUAGUGAAGAAAAGGUUCAGGACAAAGUUCACACAGGAGCAGAAGGAGAAAAUGCUCAACUUUGCUGACAAGGUCGGGUGGAAAAUUCAGAAGCAAGAGGAAUCCGUUGUGCAACAGUUCUGCCAAGAGAUUGGGGUCAAACGAAGAGUGCUCAAGGUUUGGAUGCAUAACAAUAAGCACAAUCUGGCCAAAAAGAAUCAUCCCUCACCUAUCUAAUUAAUUAUAAUUAUUAUAAUUAUAAUUAUUAACUCUCCUCUUUCUCUCUCUCUCUCUCCGUUUAAUUAUUAGGCGUCAGUGUUGACUUUCUUCCUCCUUAUAGUAUAGUAUCUCUCUAAUCAUUUCCUGCUUUCUGAGUCUGUUUUGAGUCUUCUCUUUCUCUUUACAUAAAAAUAAUAUUCAUCUAGUUACCCACAAAUAUAUAUAUUAUAUAUCGGUCUUUCUUGUGGUACGUAGCUUAGGAAUUUGCAUUUUUUAUUUGCAUUUGCAUUGCGUGAAGUUUUAGUUUUUGAGUGAUGUUUCUCUCCUCUAGCCAUUAAGUGAGGACAUGUGAUGUGAGU